GCGAAAAAUUUUUGUUGUGAUAGAGUGGUGGAUGGUGGGGGUGGAGUGUAUAAAACCGGCACGAAUUCAUUGCACUAUUUCAGUCUUUCAAUUAUUCCGAGUAGUGUAGCGGCACGCGAAGAGCCAACAGACAUACAAUCUGCACCAUCACACUAUUUUUUUUUUUACUCUUCUCAAUAUUUGUCUCUCAGCAAGAUCACGGAGGUGUCUAAAAUUGAAGAAAUUAUUAAAAGGAAAAAAAGAGAGCUGCAGCAUCCCAAAGUUCAGCCUCAAGAUUGGGUCUAAAAGUUCUCAAGUUUUUUUUUAUUUUGAUUUUUGUGAAGUGAUUGGAGUUUUUCUUUUCCAUCAAGUGUUAAAGUUACGUUAAAAGAAAUUUCUUUUUCUUUAUCGUCAAAGUGGACUCAAAGGACAUUUUAUUUUUCAAAUAAGGAAUCAAGUUAAAAAAAAAACGGAAAAAUAAAGUUGCGAAAGUGGAGGAGAUUUUGAGAGUUUUGUGAGAAAAGAACUAAGAAAAAGUUUUAGCUAGGUCCUUGUUUCCCUAAUAAAGGAGAGUGGCAGUAGCUGACUUUUUUUUUACAAAUCUUCCAAACGAAAGUUCAUUAGUUACCAAAAAAAAAUAAAAGCAAUUUAAAAGAAAAAUCCUUUAAAGGGCAAUUUUGUGAAGGAACAAAGUUCUUAAGGAAAGAAGAGAAUUUAGCGAAAGAGGAAAAAAAAAUAUUAAGAGUUAUUUUUGACGAUUGAGCGUUUAACUGGAGUUUUGCUUGGAAGGAAAAGAAAAGAAAAGAUCAUUUUGUGUGAAAUCAACUUGAGAGACCCAUCGUCAUCACGACACAGUGGAAAAUAAUCGCGCGAGAGAAAAGGCCGUCAAGUUCAGAGAGAGAGAGAGAAAAAGAAUUGUCUUAUACGAAAUCGCACGGUUAAAUUGAAAAGAAAGACUUGAAAACUUUUUUUUUGUGUGUUGUACCUCCUUUCUUGGCUGGUUUUGUUACAAAGAGAAGCCCAGAGAGGUUGUAUAUAAAUUGUGAAAGUGCACGAUUUAGUUACACUUCUACUGCUGCAUACACCAUAAACACAAUAAUUUAUUUUAUAAAAUAACCAUUUUUUUUCUUGCUCAGUUGUGCCCCGCAAAGAAAAAAAAAACGACGGAAAAAAAGUAAAGUAAAGUAGAAAAAAAAGAGAGAGACUCCAUAAAACUUCCAGUAUUAAUAAACCAUAACUAAUAGAAGCAAGAAAAGGGUGUAUGUGAGUGUGAAGGAGAGAAAAGUUUUUAUGAAAAAUUAUAUAUAAUACAAAAAAUAUAUAUAAAUUGUUAAUUAACGUCGUUUGCACGAUAAACCCUUUUUUCGGGGCGAGAAAGAUAUAUAAAUACAUUAAAAAGAAAAUCUAUUUACAAAAGAAAUAAAAAUCAAGAGGCCAGAGGAGGAAAUUAAAAAUAAUUAGUAUAGUUAUAUAUAUGUAAUUUAAUUAAUUGCAACAGUGAUAAUUGGCUGUGUGGAAUUGUUGUUUUAUUAACAAAAUUUUUUGUUAAAUUAAAUAAAAAAAGAGGCAUAAGAAAGGAAAGAAAGGGUGGAAUUCCUCGAAUUUUCUACGGUAGUUUAUUACUUUUGUUACACUACAUAGAUUGCAAAUUAUUGCUGAAUCUCACGAAUUAACUGGUAGAUUAAGUGAUAGAAAUUAAUUAGCCAUACUACAUUACUAAGACUUUAGAUAGCUGUUAUUUUUUUUAAUUUAAAUUUGCAACAAAAAAACGAAGGGAAAAGGAAGCAGAAUGUCUUCACCGGGAAAAGAUUUGAAUGCAAAUGUCGUGCCAAUUACCCUGGCCGUACCUGUGGGACCCCCAGCUGUACCCUAUGAGGUGGAUGCCCCAAAUGUUCUCGCCACCAGUGAGAAGGCAAUUAAUGUGGAUGGGAAGGAAUGUGAAUUGAUUAAUUUACACGAUGAUCCUGCGGAGGAUCUCACGGAGAUUGAAUGCGAGAGAGCUGAUGAGGCUAAGGAGAUGGAGGAUAUUCCAUUGAAUUAUGACGAAGAGGAGCACGAUAGCGUUAGCCCACUAAUGAUGGACAACCACACAAUCCUGGAGCAUCAUGAAUCCUACAAGGAACUCGAUGAGGGAAGCUACGAAGAAGAUGAGGAUCUUCAUGUGUAUGAAUCACGUAGGAAAGCCCAUAUGAAGCAUUCAGAAACGAAGGAUUCCAUUAGUUCAAUUGACAGUGAUCUCUCACUCUCGUACGAUCGUCACGCAGCUCAAGAUGUGCAGAAUCUCCAAACAUCAGACUCCCUGUCAUCCGAUGAGAAUGCCAAGGAUUCCGGAUGUGAUGUGGCAAAGAGAUCCGACGAAGAUGGUGAGCGAAAGGAUCAGGAUGAGCCACCAAUUGAAAUUCCCACAGAUGAUAUGUGCGAUAAGAUCAUUGAGCAAGUUGAAUUUUACUUCUCCAAUGAAAAUAUCCUCAAGGAUGCCUUCCUCCUGAAGCACGUACGUCGCAAUAAGGAAGGUUUUGUGAGCCUAAAGCUCGUCUCGAGCUUCAAGCGGGUACGGCAAUUGGUGAAAGAUUGGCGUGUCGUUGGGUAUGCCAUUAAGAAGAGAAGCCAAAAGAUUGAGCUGAAUGACAUUGGGACGAAGAUUCGUCGCCUUGAACCAUUGCCUGUGUACGAUGAAACAACCCCCUCGCGCACGGUGGUGGCCACAGAUCUUCCCAUUAGUCGCAUGACGAUCGAGCGGGUGUUUGAUCUCUUCUCAAAAUGCGGUGAGAUCGCUCUUGUACGGAUCCUCCGUGUUGGUGGACCAAUUCCCGCUGAUGUGCGGCAAUUUAUCAAUAAAUACCCCGAACUGCAGCACAAGGAAUGUGCUCUUAUUGAAUUCCUCGAAUCGCAAUCGGCACGAAAUGCCCAAGCAAUGCCCGGGAUGACGGUGCUGGAGAUGGUAGCGCCAAAGAAGAAGACUGGCAAGAAGGCCCAGGUGACGCGCCUCAUUGAGAAUUGCAAAGUCACGGAAGCAGACAUUGAGCGAAGUCGCGGCGGUAUGGAGGAUUCCUUUGCCAAAUAUCGCUUCAGGCGUAGCCAGUCGGGGUACUAUGCGAAACCCGAUCAACCCGUCUAUGUGCCACCAAUGCGAAAGAUGGCCUACAAUAAUGAGAAUUAUGACCAUUUCAAUGUACGUCGUGGCAGUGCUGGGGCAUUCCAACCUGUUGCACCAGCUGAGAUGUCACCCCCCAUGCAGGCCCCAAUGCAACAGCAACCAAUGCAACAGCAACCCAUGCAAAUGCCGCCGAUGCAGCAACAAAUGCAACCAAAUCCAAUGCAACAAAUGCAACCACAGCAGAUGGUCUUCAGUCGCAACAAUUCCCUCUGCUCAGACGGCUACUCGAGUGGAUGCAUGGACAGCAGGCGGGGGUCGCAGUGUUCGGAUCUCUCGAGGCGCCUCUCGAAUUGCUCAAUUGCCUCCAGGCGCUCAUCCACGUGUUCCGAGUGCUGCCUCAAUUGCUCACGUCGCUCAUCUCAGUGCAGCGGCCCCAUGGACCCGUAUCGUCGUCUAUCGCAGUGCUCAGAGCAUGGUGGCUCCCCGCGGAAGUACUCCCUGGGUCAGACAUUCGAGAGGCGCCCCUCCAAUGGGACAGUUGAGACGAAUUGGCGCUUGCCCGAAGAUCGCAUCGCUGAGAGCCCAAUUAGCCCCCGGAAAUUCUCCGGAAAUGGCUUCGAUCCCAUGCGAAAGCUCUCCAACGGCACGGAAGAGUACAUCAAUGGGCGCAGGGUGUCCACGGAUAGUGGCUACGAUCGCAAACAUUCAAUUGGAUCAGAUUGCAGUGCCACACGAUCACGGAGUGGAAGUUUCAUCUGCGGUGCUCACAAUCCACCAAUUCAGGAGCAAAUGAUCGUACGAUCACCCGUGGCUCCCGAUGGGACAAGAGGCUUUGCAUCGCGAACACGCAAAAUGGGCCAAAUACUGCCACCCGUGUGAAGAUCACCGAUCACGUCGCCCCACCGUCUGCUUUCGCCUUGUGCGCCUUCUCGUGUAAUUUAUUAUAUUUGUAUGUAUACCCAACGCACCUGUCGCCUUCCCCUUUCCCCAACUUUAUUAAACAUACAGGUUAAGAGAUUUAAUUGAUAGAUCUUUUAAAGAAAAUUCAAUGAAAAUGCUGAAAUUUUGCCUCUAAUCACUUUUUUAUUUGAAAAAUUUUUAUUGGAGAAAUUGCUGCAAGUUAUUUUAUGCAAAAAAUAUUUUAUAUCUAUAUGAAAUUUAUUUAAUCUCAAUUGAGAAUCAAGAAAAUGUUUAAUUUUUUUUUACUUUGCUCCGAGGUCUGUGUCCUCGGGGCAAAGAAGUAUGCAUAAUAGAUGAUUCUCAAUUGCUGGGAACAGAUAAAGCCUCGUAUAAAGAAAAGUGUCUUGAAAAAUUUAUUAUAUUAUAUAAUUUAUUUAAAUAAUUAAUAUUGUUAUUUGCAUAUAAGAUCAAUAAUUGUAUUUUAGGGUGUCUUUAUUGAGAUGAAAAAAUUAUGUAGUUUUGUCUGUAUAAGCGAGAAUUGUUAUUGAUUUUGUAGAUGUGAGAGAGACUUAUUAAAAAUACUUUCAAUUGAAAACAGUCACUCUGCGUUGAUACCACUGCU